AUUUGGCGGUAUGGACGGGAAUAACAACAACCUCGUCAUCUCUCACCGACAUUGACACUAAUUGCCCUCUUUGAUUCACUACCAAUGGUUCAAUACUACGAAUCCAUCUCGGAUGAUAUUCGCGACUGGGCUUUACGCCAGAGCGUUUUCUUCGUGGCUUCAGCGCCCCUGCGUGGUCGCCACGUGAAUCUGUCCCCGAAGGGCCUCCCAGACGCUUCUUUCGCAAUUUUGGGUCCCAAUGAAGCAGCUUAUGUAGAUGCGACGGGUUCUGGCAAUGAGACAAUCAGUCAUUUGCGAGAAAAUGGUCGUAUUACUGUGAUGUUCUGCUCUUUCGACAAGUCACCGCGUAUUCUGCGACUUUUCUGCACCGGCUCUGUUAUUGAAUGGAGCGACCCCGAGUUUCCUCAAUAUUUGGAGCGCAUGGGAGGAAAGCAUGUCACAGGUGCCCGUGCUAUUAUCCAUAUGGAUGUUUUCAAGGUCCAAACAUCGUGUGGGUACGGGGUGCCACAGCUCGCUUUAACUCAUGACCCUGAGACCGACGAAGUGAAACCAUAUCUCAAAGACCGUGAGACUAUGGGCUACUGGGCUGGUAAAAAGGUGAGUGCAGGCCAGAUGCGUGCAUAUCAGCAAGAGUGCAACUCUAGUAGUCUAGACGGGCUUCCGGGUCUUCAUUCUGCAUUGCGAGAUAACCACAAGAGUGUAUGGCGGGCACAGUUGGACGGUUGGAUGAACCGCCAUCGAGAUGAAUUGGAGACGAUGAAGACUUCAAUCUUGCUUUUGUUUGUGGGUAUGGCAAUCCUGCAGUGGGCUGGGUAUAUAUAGAUAGAUUGUUCAUGACAAUGUAUCCGUUGUAUGGGAUAGAGAUUAUAUGAUAUACGAUUGAUCCUUAGUCGCAAGGAACACGGGUUUCGA